AUGCAAACUCAAAUUAGCAACCAGGGGCCAUCACUUCCUAUGUCAAUGUCAGCUACCCAGGCGCUACCUCGCCAGCAGCUGCUGUCUCAGAACCUUCAGAAUAGCAUUGGAGCUAAUGGAGUACAAACCUCUGCUGCUUUGACAUCAGCACUGCCUCCUGUUGGUGGCUUACCACAGACUAGUAUGCCAUCUGUUGUUGGCCAGAAUUCCAAUUUGCAGAACAUGCAGAGCUUAUCUGGGGUUUCACAGAAUCCAGUAGGAAAUUCAAUGGGGCCGGGGUCUCUUCUAAUAUGUUUGCCAAUGCUCAAAGGCAGAUGCCAGCAAGGCAACAAGUUGUUCCUCAACAACAACAACAACAACAACAACAACAGUCUCAAAAUGCACAGCAUUACCUUUACCAGCAACAAUUACAACAGCAGCUUAUGA